AUGAAUCCUAGUACUACAGCAACAACUGCAACGUCCUCAAUGGCACCCAGCACUGUAGGUACGGCGGCGACUUCAUCAGUGGUUCCGAGCACUACAGCAGCUGCUACAUCUUCAAUGACGGUGGGUACUACCGCAACAACUGCAACAUCUUCAAUGAACCCGAGCACUUCUGCAGGAACUGCUACUUCCUCGAUGAAUACUAGUACUACAGCAAUGUCGUCAAUGGCGCCUAGCACUGCAAGUACUACAGCGACUUCAUCAGUGGUUCCGAGCACUACAGCAGCUGCUACAUCUUCAAUGACAAUGGGUACUACCGCAACAACUGCAGCAUCUUCAAUGAACCCGAGCACUUCUGCAGGAACUGCUACUUCCUCGAUUAUUCCUAGUACUACAAUAACAGCUGCAACGUCGUCAAUGGCCCCAAGCACUGCAGCAACAACUGCAAUUUCAUUGAUGACCCAAAGCACCCCUGCAACAACUGCUACUUCCUCAGUAAUUCCUAGUACUACUGCAACAGCUGCAACGUCGUCAAUGGCACCAAGCACUGCAGCAACAACUGCAUCUUCACUUAUGACCCAAAGCACCUCCGCAACAACUGCUACUUCCUCAGUAAAUCCUAGUACUACUGCAACAACUGCAACGUCCUCAAUGGCACCCAGCACAGUCGGUACGACGGCGACUUCAUCAGUGGUUCAGAGCACUACAGCACCUGCUACAUCUUCAAUGACGGUAGUUACUACUGCAACAACUGCAGCAUCUUCAAUGAACCCGAGCACUUCUGCAGGAACUGCUACUUCCUCGAUGAAUCCUAGUACUACUGCAACAACUGCAACGUCCUCAAUGGCACCCAGCACUGUAGGUACGGCGGCGACUUCAUCAGUGGUUCCGAGCACUACAGCACCUGCUACAUCUUCAAUGACGGUAGUUACUACCGCAACAACUGCAGCAUCUUCAAUGAACCCGAGCACUUCUGCAGGAAUUUCUACUUCCUCGAUGAAUCCUAGUACUACUGCAACAACUGCAACGUCCUCAAUGGCACCCAGCACAGUCGGUACGACGGCGACUUCAUCAGUGGUUCCGAGCACUACAGCACCUGCUACAUCUUCAAUGACGGUAGUUACUACCGCAACAACUGCAGCAUCUUCAAUGAACCCGAGCACUUCUGCAGGAAUUGCUACUUCCUCGAUGAAUCCUAGUACUACAUCAACUGCUGGAAUAUCGUCAAUUGCGCCAAGCACUGCAGCAACAACUGCUACUUCUUUGGUGACCCAAAGCACCCCUGCAGCAAUUGCUACAUCCUCAGUUAAUCCUAGUAUUGCAGCAACAGCUGCAACGUCGUCAAUGGCGCCAAGCACUGCAGUAAUUCUGGGAACAACCACUGCAACAUCUGCCAUGACACUUACGAGUACAGCGUUAACUGCAACUUCUCCAAUGACAAUGACCAAUGCAGUAGAAACUUCAACAUCCUCAAUAAGCCCAAGCAGUACAACAAAUACUGUCACUUCUUCCAUUACUCCUAGUACUGCAAUAUCAACAACGACAAUAACUAUUAGUACUACAGUUACAACUACAACUUCCUUAAUCACCUCGAACAUUAUAACAACUGCAACGUCCUUAAUGACCCCUAGUAUUACAGCAAUCACUGCUACAUCUUCAAUAACCCAAAGCACUACAGCAACAACUGCUACUUCAUCAAUGACUCCGAGUACUACAGCAACAACUCCCAUUUAUUCAAUGAUUACCACUACUACAGCAAUUUCUACAUCUUCAAUGGCGACUAGUACUAUCGCGACUGCUACCUCUCUAAUGACAAUGGGUACCUCAGAAACAACAGCAACUUAUCCGAUGACCCUAAGCACUUCUGCAACCGCUACUUCCUCAACAAAUCCUGGUACUACACCGAUUGGUGCAUCUUCAAUGACGCCUAGUACUAGAGUAACUGCUACAUCUUCAGUGGCGAUGAGUAUAACAACGACAAUAACUCCAUCAUCUACAAUGAAUCCUUCUACUACAUCAACAGCAGCAGCUUCCUCAGUGAACCCGAGCAGUUCUGUAUCAACUGAUACUUCUCCAAUGAAUCCUAGUGCUUCAGUAACAACUGCAGUGUCGUCAAUGUCACCCAGCACUACAGCCACAACUUUAAUUUCCUCAAUGACUCCGAGUAGUACUGCAACAGCUACAUCUUCAAUUACGCCUAGUACUACAUCUACUGCUACCUCUUCAAUGACAAUGGGUACUUCAGCUACAACAGCAAUUUCUUUGCUGACCCCGAGCAAUUCUGCAACAGCUGCCACUUCCUCAUUUAAUCCUAGUACUACUGCAACAACUGGAACGUCCUCAAUGGUACCAAGCACUGCAGGUUCCACCGUUACUUCAUCAGUGACCCCG